AUGUCGGCAUCACAUGUCUUGUCUGUGCUGCAGUUACAAAUAGGAAUGAGACAGAUGUGGUACUCAGCUUACAGAGUCACUUGGUCAAGAGGAGGGGCAGUAAUUUCUGAGUGGGAGUACCAUUCAGAAACAAUCAUUUCUGCCUGCUGUCUUACAGCCCUCACGCGCACAAGGGACCAGNCCAGGACCAGAAAGGCCAGCUUCUACUCCUCUUUUCUGGGUCAGCUUUCUCCACCUGCCACCCUGCGUGGCAUAGACACAGAUGGUGUAUGGGUUGCAGUUUGGGAAACUUCUGGCAGAGAGUCACCAAAUAGAUUGACGCCAAUUGGGACUCAAAGGUCUGGGAAAACUGAUGACUCAGUGAUUCUUGGGAUCCUGUGUUUGCUACUAUUGGUGACAGUUGCCGUGUUGAGGAUAAAAAUUUUUCAGUAUAUUCAAGAAAACCAUCAGCAGAGGGAAGAGAUACGAAACCUGACUCGAGAGCACCACAUUUUGCAAAAUGACAGCUACUUAAAGGAGCGACUUUUGACAAAUAAGACUUUAGAAUAUAACAUUCUGAAAAAUGAAUGGCUUCAGCAGAAGGAACAGGAUUUACUGUUUGCAGAUAGGACGUAUCAGAGAGAAAAUGAAGGCAAACUCUGUGAAAACCGCCUGUCCUAUCGUGGAAUAAAGUAUUAUUAUUUUAUUCCUGAAAGUCAAAACUGGAACGGAUGUAAACAGACUUGCCAAAGUUAUAAUUCAUCUCUUUUGAAGAUAAAUGAUGAAGAUGAACUGGCCUUUAUUCAACCCCAAACUUAUAGGAAUAACUACUGGAUUGGGUUAUCAUAUGAUGAUAGAGAACAAAAAUGGAAAUGGAUUGACACUGGCCCACCUUUCGGGAUUAACUAUACAUUCAUGAGUUCUUCUGGAAGAGGACAAUGUGCAUUUUUAAGCUCAACAAGAACAACACCUACUGAGUGCUCUAAGGCCUACAGUUGUAUCUGUGAGGGGAGAAUUGAUGAUGUUGUCUCUGCCCACUUCAAUAGUUACAAGAACAAAAGAAAGAGCAAGAAAGCACAAGCAGGGCGAGGGGCAGAAGCAGGCUCUGCACUGAGAUCACAUUUUGUCUUAACACCUAAUGGUUUCGCUCUCCUCGGAUUAAACUAUUUCUCCAUCUGUGAUCGACACAGCAGCAUUCCUCAGAUCUACAGAAGGUCACAAAUGGGAAAUCCCAAAGUGGCCACAGAAGCAAUUUUCUUCUCACAAAUAGGGUGCAUGAAUUUGGAACAGUCAGAAGCAGCCAACCGCGUUGCUGUUGCUUGCACAGUUUCCAUCCUUUGA